AUGAAAAUGGCGACAAGGUUGAUUGGGGGAAUUCUGACGUCUGCCACUUUCUGGUUCAUCAUCAUCCUAUCUGUGACCAUGAUCUGGUAUGGUGGGAAGCAUUGGAGUAAUCGUAAAAAUACAGCAUUCAGUCUCUUCACUUGGACACGUCCGUACAUGACAAGCAAGAAUAUAACACUUGGCGAGCAGCCAACGAACAAUUACAAUGAUUUAAUGCAACAAAAUCGACUCGCAGAGGUCAAGAGAGAGUUUCUUGAUCUUUCACUGACCAAUGAAACUAUGUACCCUGCCAACAGAACCGGCAACUAUAUCUUUUCAAAUCCUAAUGUCUGUAAAGAUGUUUCCAAUAUCGAUUUCAUCAUUAUCGUGCACACAGCACCUACACAGUUUGAAAGAAGACAACGAAUCAGAGCCACUUUCGCGAACACAUCUUUGUUUUACCCAGCCCAAAUACGUGCUGCUUUUUUAUUGGGUAUAACGACGGAUAGCAAAUUAACGGAGAUGUUAUGGCGGGAACAUAGAACAUACAACGAUACGGUUAUGGGAGAUUUCAUCGAUGAUUAUCACAACCUGACAUUGAAGGGAGUCAUGGGACUCCGCUGGGUCAAAGAUCACUGUCCAAAUGCUGCUUUUGUGCUGAAAAUAGAUGACGACGUAGUAAUAAAUAUGUUUGCGCUAGUUCACUUGUUCUUACCACAAAUGAAGGCAAUGAAGAGAACUAUUUUCUGUAUGGUAUUAUUCAAUGGUACAAUGUUCGUACACAGAACAGGUAAGUGGAAAGUGGACUCUCAUAUUUUGCCAAAUAGGACACACUAUCCUUUUUCAUACUGUACAGGUUUUGCCGUAAUACUCACACCAGACUUGAUUAACGAAUUGUACCAGGCUGCAAACGUUUCCCCGUUUUUCUGGAUUGAUGACGUUUACCUGUUCGGAGUGUUGCCAUAUGUUAUCGGUAACAUCAAUUUUACACACUGUGAAUUCAAUAUAUUUCUACCAGAGUCAUAUAAGAAGGCUGUAAACUGUACGUUACCACAAAAAAUGGCCAUCCCAAUGUUUUCUCUUCAUCUGCACGACAGAGAUUUCUGGACUUGCUGGUACCAGAUGAAAAGUGAACAGCAAAGUUAA